AUGUCAUCAUGUAAUACAAUAUGGUCGUCUGGAAUAAUAUGGACAAGAAUAAGAAGGACUCUAGCACCGCUUCUGCUUCUGCUUUCAAUGAUUUCUAGACCAUUACGGUUAUAUCUAAAGACGCUUUCACGGAAAAGUUUACCCGUCAACAAUACCUUUAUAUUUAAUACAUCAAAAACAACAAGAUCCGCUGUUACGAUUCGAUCUAAAAUACUAGCUAAACAUUUAUCUACACGUCACCUUUUGUUCUAUAAAUCCUUCUUCCUCCUCUUUUGCUUCCCUUACCCAAUUCACUCCAUUACCCCGUGCUUUCCACUCAAUGGCAGCAAAGCAUGUCCGGAAGUUGCCGGUUACUCUAUAACACCUGGAAGUUACCUAACAUUCUACACCUUCCUUACAUCCGUCGACAACAUCACCGCGUUCGAUGAUGCCAUCAAGGCUUAUGUUAACAAUACCGCUCAAUACGCUGCCGUUGGGUGCCCUUCUGUUCCGCCAGCUCGAUUCACGUUGACACUCGUUUGCGCAGAUUUAGUCAACGACCCGAUAUCGCAAACGUGCAGUGAGAGUGCUGGUGGCAAAAAGUCGCCGGGAAUUUGUGCACAGACUUGUGACGAUUUUCAUGCGAGCCUGGGCGAAACACUUGGAAACAAGACGUUAUGUCCCGGAGGGAAUGGUUCGCAGUUGGGGGACUUGGCGCAAAGGCUUGACAGUUUGUGUCAGAAGCCAGAUGGAGAUGGUGAUUGUAUAUCCGGAGCUGCAAACGAGAAUACGACUUGUGGUUUUUCGGACACAGCAUCCCGUUGCGAAUUCUGCUCGAAACAGAACACAACAGCGCAAGCUUGCUGCAAUGGCUGUCCCCCCAAAACUGUGCUCAAUAAUAACACUACUACUACACGCCCAGCCACGCCAACAGUCACAACUCUAUCCUCUCUACCCCCUGACUCCUCGAAAUCAAAUGGGCUAGGUGAGCCUGUAAUGUGGGGAUUAAUAUUCGGUUCGGUGGCUGUUGUGGGAGUAGCAAUAGGGAUAGCAUUGUUUUAUUAUUGCAUUAAAGAUAAACCGAAGCACGAGCGUGUGCCAUCAAUCGAUCCUACUCCUCCUGAUCCUCGUACUCCUGAUCGAUCCUCAAACGCAAGCAGCGUGACUAUCAAAAGAGGGUCAGCCGCGCAUUUGGUCGGUUCUCCAGGCGGCGGCGGCGAUCCACUGGUUACGGGCAAUCUGGCGGUUGAUAAUUCGUCGGUUGACAAUCCACCGUUUAGAAAUCUGGAGGGCAAUCCAACGCUUGGCAAUCCACCGUUUGGGAAUCCACCGUUUGGGAAUCCACCGUUUGGCAAUCCACCAUUUGACACGUUUAACAACCUGGCGGGUGGCGAUUCAAUGGUUGAAACCACAGCAGAUAUCGUCCCAGUUGAUGUCGAAUCAGUUGACGUUCCGAACAUAGGCGACGAUCCAACAGUCCUGCCCGGGCCAAUCACAUUUCCGCCAGACGAAGAUAACAUCGUCAUUGUUGUCCAUCCGUACGCAUCCCAACUCCAGGAUGAGUUGAAUCUAACUCCCAACGAUUCUAUUAUUGUACGACGUAUUUUUGACGAUGGCUGGGCAGUUGGGUAUAAUCAAAACACACACCAAGAAGGCGCCUUUCCUAUUGUAUGUGUGGUAUAUUCACAUUUUCUACAAUCGGAUGUUGGAACGAACGAAACUUUGCCUGAAAUGUCGGGUAAUAGUGCACCGGGGGAAAAUACACCGCUUGCGGGCGACUUGACACAGGAUUUGCUUUCUAAUAGUGGGGUCAUAAGAUCUUCAUCGAUCUCCAGCAACCCUUCUUUAAGGAGGCAGUUUAGUUUAACAGAAAGCUUAGAGUCCGUCCCAAGGAGAAAUUCAAGUAUGAGAAGGGCACGAGGGAGGAGUGGUGAUAAUGAUGAGUUUGCAGAAAAUAGGAGGAGUAGUGUGAGGGAAUGGGGUGAACUAUAA